AAGCAUCAUCAUGGGGGCUCGGUGUAGCUGGGAAGGCGACUUCUGGUGGACAGCCUACUCCUACAUGUAGACAGAGAGGUCGCAGAGAAGAAACCCACCGCUUCACGUUGCUCUCAGACUCAAUGUAGCUUCACUCUACAAUGUCAAAGCUUCACCAUUAAAAGAAAAGGAAAUUAUGACUGUAAACAUCUGGGUGCGGCAUACUCUAGAUGAAAAGGUUUCGCUCUGCCGGAGGUCGAACGCAUUUUUGCCUUUUGUAUUUCCUUGCUGAAUGUCGUGGACAUUUUGGAUUUUUUUUUAAUGCUCUGUGUCAUUAAGUCUUACCAAUUAAGGAACAUUUUUCUCCUGUCUUCACGUUUCGGUUAGUUAGUUUGAGUAAGGUAAACACUUUAGAGUGUAAAAACAACUGGAGACGACAUCGUUAAACAACUUGAGGACGGCUUGCAGAGGAGAAUGUGCGUACUGGGCCAGCUUCGAGUUGCUCUUUAAGGGGGCAACAUUAGCUAGCUGCUAACACUAGCACACCCCUAUUAAACUACAGUCAAGCAAAGCUGUGAGACUAGUGCCCACGUCUCGACACAUUUUUUUGGAUAGUAGCAUUCUGCCCAUAAUCUGGACAUCAUUAAAUGAGACGCUGACUCGACAGUAAUCCAGAUACUGUAAACAAAUUGUUGCUGUUGGUGACAUCCACUGGGAUCCAGGUGCUUGAGUCCUAAAUGACAAGUGCCUGAGGAUGUCCAAGCGGAGCUUGUUUGUUCGCCUGGUGCCGUGCCGCUGCUUGCGGGGUGAGGAGGAGGCGGUAACAUCGCUGGACUACUCCCACUGCAGCCUGGAGACUGUUCCUAAGGAGAUCUUUAGCUUUGAGAAGACCCUGCAGGAACUCUACCUCGAUGCCAACCAGAUCGAGGAGCUGCCUAAACAACUGUUUAACUGCCAGUUACUCCACCGACUGAGCAUGCCAGAUAAUGACCUAACAGUGUUGCCAACAGCGAUCGCGAACCUCAUCAAUCUCAGGGAGCUUGAUGUCAGCAAAAACAGUAUCCAGGAGUUUCCGGAAAACAUCAAGAAUUGCAAAGUCCUAGCUAUUGUAGAAGCCAGUGUGAAUCCCAUUUCCAAGCUCCCAGAUGGUUUCACCCAGCUCCUGAGUCUGACGCAGCUCUACCUGAAUGAUGCCUUCCUGGAGUUCUUACCAGCCAGCUUCGGCAGGUUAACUAAACUACAGAUCUUGGAGCUGAGGGAAAACCAGUUAAAGAUGUUGCCAAAAAGCAUGCAGAAGCUCACACAGUUGGAGAGGUUGGACCUGGGGAGUAAUGAGUUCACUGAAGUGCCUGAGGUGUUGGAGCAGCUGACUGGAAUCAAGGAGCUGUGGAUAGAUGGGAACAGACUGACGUUUUUACCUGGGAUGCUUGGGAUGCUAAAACAGCUGGUAUACCUGGAUGUGUCCAAGAACAAUCUGGAGAUGGUAGACGAGCAAAUCUGUGGCUGUGAGAAUCUGCAGGACCUUCUGCUCUCCAACAAUGCCCUCACACAGCUGCCAGGCUCCAUCGGCUCACUAAAGAAACUUACUGCACUGAAAGUGGAUGAGAACCAGCUGAUAUACUUACCAGACUCAGUUGGAGGACUGACAUCUCUGGAUGAGCUGGACUGUAGUUUUAAUGAGAUCGAAGCCUUGCCCUCUUCCAUCGGCCAGUGUGUCAGCAUCCGCACCUUUGCUGCAGAUCACAACUUCCUUACCGUGCUUCCCCCCGAGAUGGGCAAAUGGAAGAAUGCAACUGUGCUGUUCCUACAUUCCAACAAACUGGAGUCUUUGCCUGAGGAAAUGGGUGACAUGCAGAAACUCAAGGUUAUCAAUCUGAGCAACAACAAGUUAAGGAGUCUUCCCUACAGUUUCACUAAACUGAACCAGAUGACUGCAAUGUGGCUGUCUGAAAAUCAGUCAAAGCCCCUGAUCCCUCUCCAGAAGGAGGAGGAUCCAGAUACACACAAAAUUAUGCUGACCAACUACAUGUUUCCCCAGCAAACCAGGACUGAGGACUACAUUCCCAACUCUGACUCUGAGAGCUUUAAUCCGGCUCUCUGGGAGGAGCAGCGCAAGCAUCGAGCUCAGGUGGCCUUUGAGUGUGACGAGGACAAGGACGAGAGAGAAACGCCCCCAAGGGAGGGAAACCUGAAGCGCUACCCUACACCAUACCCAGAUGAGCUGAAGAACAUGGUGAAGACAGCCCAGUCUGUGGCUCACAGGCUGAAGGAGGACGAGUCAAGUGACGAGUCGGGGAAAGAUGCAAAACCAAAUGAGAGGAACCACAUUGGAGUGCAGGACGUGGGAGUUAAGGUGAUUGAGCCUCCCUAUCCUAAUGGUACAGCAUCAGACAUGGACUCCCAAAUAUCUACCGACACAUUUUCCCAUAACCCAUCUGCAACAGAAACAAAAGACACUUCGGACUCUUACAGCUCUCAGAAAGUCCCAAUCAAAUCAUCAGGGGGCUCAAUGAUGAACCAUGAAGACACCCUGGAGGAUUCCGAGGAGCUGUCUGAUGAAGAGGAGGAGAUGAAAAUGGCAGAGAUGAGACCCCCUCUUAUUGAGAUCUCCAUCAACCAGCCUAAAGUAGUGACUUUAAGUAAGGACAAAAAAGAUGAUGCAGACUCUUUGCUGGAUGACACAGUGGCCAACAGCAACCAGAACAACAGUAACUGUUCGUCGCCAUCACGCAUGUCUGACUCGGUGUCUCUGACUACAGACAGCAGUCAGGACAACUCUCUAUGCACCCCUGAGAGAGAGGCAAAGAUGCCCUUCCUACCAAAAAGCCGGCGAGAGGAUGAGAAUAUGAACCAGCCUAAAGACACCACCCCUCUCCUCCAUAAUGGAAAUGGCUCCGAAACAUCCCUUCAGGCCCUUUUGAAAACCCAGCAGACUCCGCCAGAGAAAAUGGGUGACUACGACCUGUCCAUGGAAGCCAGACUGGCCUUCAUUGAGAAGGGAUUUAACAACGGCAUGGGUGAAACCUACACCAAGUGGGAUCAGAUCAAUAUGAACGUGUCCAAGUUGCCAACCGACAACAUGGUUCAGCUGGAUGAGGGGAACACAACCAAGAAUGGCUCAGUGACCCAGGAGAACUUGGACAGCAAGCAGGGUUUUAGCAAUGACAACAUGGAGCAUUUUCUGAAUGGAAACCAGCAGGUCAGUGACUGCAUCAAUAGUCUUGGGAACAAAACCCAAGCAAUAAGAGUAGAGACAUCUGCUGUGCAUGUGGCCUCGACAGGCGUGACAGCCAGCAGUGACAUGUCUCUGUCUCGCAGCACAGAGGAACUGUCUCCAGACAAAAGGUGCCAUCCCCAGCAGGUGGUGAAGUCUCACAGUAUCAGCAACAUAGAAACAGGAGGCUUGAAGCUGUACUCUUUUGAUGGGGAUGAUGACUCCUAUGACGCAGCAGGAAUGAUGAGGAUGGCAGGAGCCGGGCCAGGAGCUCAGGGCCAGAGCAUAGUCCGGAGCAAGUCAGCCAGUCAGUUACUCAACGACCAGACUCUCCAGAUCUACCCCGGCUCCUCUGCAUCUUCCUCAGACCUGCUCUCCUCCUCUAAGCCCCCUGCCAGCACCAGUAGAUAUGCAGUCUCCUCCACCAUGGCCAUGGGCAUCCCUCCUCCUCAGUACAACAUACAGUACACAAGCAGUGCCAUGCCUAAAGAGGGCCUCUGGUCCCAGAGGAUGCCCAUGCCCCCAGAGCACCAAGGUUACCUUCCUCCUCCUCCACCACACUCACUUGCCAACACCAACUACUCCAACCGUAAUCAAGCACCUCCCUACCCUCUACAGCCCCAGCAGAGGGGGCCUCCCAUGGUUCCCAAACCCCCUGGGGACAUGUGGACUAAGGAGAGACUUCAUUCUACUGGAGGCCAGGCUAGAAGCAGCACUCUGCAGAGGCAAAGCAGCACCGCCUCCACAGCCUCCAUGGGUGACCCGAGGCGUAUACAGGUGCCUGACGGUGAAUACAUGACAUACAGGGACAUUCACACCCUCGGAAGGGGGCCGCUGGCAAUGAGCCAGGCCAUGCAGAGGCCCCUCUCAGCUCGCACUUACAGCAUCGACGUACCUGGAGCUUCCAGGCCUCUCGGCGCCAGGCCGCAGCCCCACGAGCUUCCAGAGAGGACCAUGUCUGUCAGCGAUUUCAACUACCAGCAAAGCAGCCCCAGCAAGAGGCACAACACCAGGGUGAAGUCUGAGCACUCGCUGCUGGAUGGGCCUGGACAGGUGUCAGGAGGAGUUGGAGCAGGAAGGGUGCCGGUUGACUGGAGAGACCAGGUGAUGCGGCACAUCGAGGCCAAGAAAAUGGAAAAGAAUGCGCUGUCUCGCUCCUAUAAUUCCAAUAACGCUCCGCUGAGCUGGUCUCACUACGGCAGCUGUAGGGAUAUGCAUGCCAGCCAAGGUUCUCUGGUCUUUAGUGCCAGGGACGGACAGCCCUACGGAGCUCUGGGCUUCUGUGAUGAUGUGUUUCCCCAAGGGCAGCAGAGCUACACCAUGGACCCCCACAGAAAAGUGCCUUUGAUGAACGGUCAGAUGGGCCCUUCUGUUCGUGCUCCGGUGAGCCAGGCGCCCAUGGCCCGACACCCUUCCAGAGAGCAGCUCAUUGAUUACCUGAUGCUCAAAGUCUCCCAUCCGCCCCAGGGGCCCCCACGCAUCCCGCAAGACGCACUGCAGCAAGAGAUCCGUCUGAAAGUAGAGAAGAAUCCAGAGCUGGGUUUCAGUAUAUCAGGAGGAGUGGGAGGCCGGGGAAAUCCCUUUCGUCCAGAUGACAAUGGUAUAUUUGUGACAAGGGUUCAACCUGAGGGACCGGCAUCUAUGAUUCUUCAGCCUGGAGAUAAAAUCAUCCAGGCAAAUGGCUACAGCUUUGUGAAUAUAGAUCAUGGGUAUGCAGUGUCCCUCCUGAAGACGUUUCUGAACACUGUGGAUUUGACUAUCAUAAGAGAAGCGCAAGCAUAGACUCAACUAAGACCUCUAAAGAAGAGGGACAUGAGAAAAGAGACAAACAGAGACAUUUUUGUUGACUCUCAUAUUUUUAUACACAGAGGAGACUGACCUGUUGAUACCUGUUGGGACUAUUUAUAGUAGAGAUCUGCAUAGCCUUGAUUAAACAGGGAAAACCACUGAAUGUAGUGGAUCAAAGUGAGACGGCGGCAAACCUCUGCAAGUACGAGUCCUCAAAAGGCCAUCACUGUGGUAUAUAUAUUUUUAUACAAAAGAAGCUGAAGAUGUGACCUGCUCUGAUGCAAAUGAUUACUGUGGUCUCUGUACAGAUCUUUUUUUUUUUCUCCCUAACUCAUAAAUUCUUCUAGAUUUAGGUUUUAUUCCUGCGGAUUGACGUGAAUUGACCACUAGGGGACAGGGCUCCCUCUCUCCUGUCGUUCAAUUAGCCUAUUUUUAUUCUUUUUUAAACAUGUUAUUUUAGAUGUUGAAACCAUUUUCUGGUCUACCGUGCGUUCGUAUAUGGAGGACAAUGUUACGUGCUUUUCAUGUGGAGACGAAUGUAGGUCAAGGAGGGGUUUUACUUUGUUUUUUGGAGAGGUUUUUUUUUUUUUUUUUUCUUCCUGCAAGAUCGAAGAGUUGAGAAGAGGAAGUCAUCCACCCCUGCUUCCAUAAACCUGUGAGCACCCUCCAGCGUACAGACACUUCUGUUCUCAGUUCCAUCCUCACAGCGACUGCUCUGCAUAUCAUCCAACCAGACCACUACUACCUGCGCUGUGUGGAAACAAUCCCUCGCAGUAUGAAUGAAUCACAGCUUCUCAGAUGUUGGGGGGAGGGGGGGGGGAGAAGUAGUCUGCGUGUGGUCAUUUAAUAAGACUGGAAAGUGGAAAGGAAAUUUAAAUAUUGGCGAAAUGGGAGAGGAGAGGUAUAUGUUUGCUCACCCUUAAUCUGUUUUGCCAAUCAAAAGCUUUUGUUUAAAGCAAAGUUAGACAUUUUGGGAAACGCUUAUUCGCUCUCAGGCGACGUGUCAGAGGAGAAUAUUGACGCACAAACUAUAAGAGCAGUAGCUAUCGAUCCUCUCCGCUACUCUGCUCUUUUUUUCCGCCAGAAAGCGAAUACACACGCUAAAUUUCCAAAAAUGUCAAAAACUAUUCUUUUAAGCGGAGAAAGAUAUGGCGGUUAUGCUAGUUAACCAAAGCAAGUUUGGAAAUAGUGGACAGAAGGCAAAAGCAGCAGACAACUUAAGAAAGAGAUUUGAAAAAGAACAGUUCGUUUCAUUCAUGUUUUAUUUUUUAAGGGCUUCAUCUUUCAGGCAGACAUUAGUGAGAUAAGUGUUUUGAAGGGGUUUCAACAUCUGUCAGUUUUAUUUUUUACAUGGGAGAAGACCACAGUUUGCCUUUUGUGUCUAAAAAUGUUUUACGCUUUUUACUUUGGAUCACUUUGGAGCAGUUUCUCAAGCUGUUUUUUUCUUUUCUUUGCUGUACAGAGAGUAGAGUUGGGAGAAACAAGUUGUCAAGUGCCAUAGACCUUGAACUGUUUGAAUAGGGGAGGACCUUUGACCCCAGAACCCAAGCAAUAUAAAAAUAAUGUUCACAUCCUUCUGAGUACUUUUGCAGCAUAAUGGCUUAAAAGCAAUAUUUUAAAGCCUUCAUUUUCAUUCAAAAACAACAUCAGAUAGAAUUUUUUUUUUUUUAAAAACACAAUCUUUUGGUAAUCACCGAUGAUUUUACAUGAAUUUUAUAUUGUGAAGAAGAAUCUUCUUUUGUAAUGAAAUAGCACAGGAAAUAUAUACAGCAUUGCUUAAACAAAAGAUUUCUCUGCAUUGUGUAUAAGUGAAUGUUUGUGUCACUUUGCCUAAGAAGAGCUUUUUACCGUUUGUUGCUUAGAUUACCAUAACUCCUGAUGUUUAUUUGUGCAAAAUCAACUUGCACCGUUGAAAAUCCAGUCAAAGCUGCAUCUCAGAACAUUCCUAAUGUUUGUCAAAGAAGUGUGUCAGAAGGAAAGAUGUUUUUUUAAAGGCAACAUGUCACUCUGUGCACCGCUCUGUUAAUAUUCAUUCACUGGUAAAAACUCUUCAUUGAGACGUGUUUCCAAAAGAAAUGGAAAUGAACAACAAAGUGAGUAAAGGCCUGAUAAAUUCCAACAAUACAUUUGUGACCACUGAAUUGUUUGUAAUAGAAUGUUAUCCUACAGUGUUUCAGCAAAUGGCAUUCCCUCAGCUUGUUUAUAGUGGAUUGUGUCAUCUACUGUUCCCAUAUGUAGUUAAGAUUGACCCAUAGGUUAUGCUUGUGGCACUGCCAAACCAAAAUAAAAACCCUGUGGUAAUUAACAAAAUUAAAUACCCCUUUUAAUAAUAACAGCCGCACUGUUUUAAGGUAGCUGUUCUUUAAACUAAAUCUAAAAUUGGUCAUUUUAUUCACAAGUAAAUUACUUUAAUAAUGUGCAUUUCCCAAAUUUCUCACAGAAUGUAGUAUUUUACACAUGAACUGUUUAUUAUUUCUAUUAAUUUUGUUGGUGAUUUCUGUUGACUUUUUAAGAGUGGGGGGGGGGAGGGAUUUCUGCGGUAAGUCACUUUAUAUUCAUGUCAAAAAAAAAAGUACAUCGUCUGACAUAGUAGACAAUCUAGGGAGAUAAAACAUGUAGUCCCAUUUUCUUCAUUCAUAUCCGGGCGGUUUCAUAUGCUCCCAUAUUCUUAUUUAUUUAGUAGUUUUCUGUGGUUUUUAGACCUUACUAAUCAAAUUGUAAAUACUCUUAAAAAAUUGAGAAAAGAAUUAAUAACGGCAUUAGUGACUUGCGAUUGUAAAACCAGCAAUAAAUUGCAAUGCAGAGGCACUCGUUUUAAUGUAUAGCUAGUAUUUCUAAGGUUUCUCUGGAAACAGCCACAGUGAGAUGAUGAUUGAUAUGCAUUUAUCCAACAUUCCAGAUUUUGUACAUAAUUACCUGUUUCUGAAGUAACCUGUGGAAAAUAAACUAAUGCUCUUUAGCAAAA